AUGUCCUAUCAAUAUCCAUCUACUCCCGAAGAACGGAUCAACGCCGCCCGCGGCUACAAAGCAGCUCUGCACAAUGAACAUGUCUCUCCAGAAGCAACGAAGCAUGCACAGGAGAUGCUACAAAGGUUGAAUGAGCAAGAGGCCCUCCAGGAGCUCAGUGGAGAGAGCGUGCAUGUACCUUAUCAUCGCCACGAACGACGGUCGUCAGGGGACGAGAGAUCAAGGUCUCUUCAAGAGAGAAUCAGUGCCGCUCGAGGUUAUAAGGUGUAUUCUGUCUUCUCAUCACAACUGAUAAAAUCGAGAGCUAUUCACAAUCCACUAGUCUCAGAAGAAGGCAAACAACAUGCGUGGGACAUGUUGCAGGUCAUGGAUGACGAGGAAGCUAGGCAGGAGCUAUACCAUCAGCAGGAGAGACCGAAGGACCCUCCGAGGAUCGCUGUGGGGUUAAAAGCGCAAGGCUUCCCAGAUCUGUUAUUAAGAACAUUAUCUAAUACAAAUUUUAGCGCACAGAGAAAUCCUCUCGUCAGCGAAGAUGGUCGUUGCAGAGCUGCGAAGCACCUACAUGAUAUUGAAAACAACAGCUCUGCGGAGUACCACCAGCAGGGAGAUUGA